UAAGUGCAGGCUUUUGCUCAAGGAGAGGUAACAGGGUCUCCUCUACGUGAGUGUGGGAGGAUUAGGUCUGCGCAGCACACUGCUCCUAUGCUGUAGCAGAAUUUGCGGGUGCCUGUGGGAGUGGAAGCCACUGAAACUAUAGAAGAAAAACUCAGAAUUGGGCUCCAAGUACAUAGUCUCCGUUUCUGAAAAGCUCCUGACACCAAAAACUAGGAAGUUUUGUGUUCUGCAUUCCAAAGUCCUGCCUACCAGUGAGCACUUUUCUUUUGAAGACGUUCUGUUGGUGCCUUUAAGGGCAUUUUCUCCUAAUGAAUGUGUGAUUUGUUCACAAAUACCUUCUGAGAAAGAAAUCUAGAGGACAAGGGGAAAGAAGAAGAAAUGGCCAGCUCUCAGGAGACUGUGUCCACAGGGUGUUUUGCCAGAAGUAGAAGGAAGAAGUUAAGUAAAAUGAGGGAGUAUAGUCAUUGGGUACAAGCAGGGACUCCUGACCUUCAGGGAUGUGGCCAUAGAAUUCUCUCAGGAGGAAUGGGGAUGCUUGAACCACAGUCAGCGGGAGCUGUACAGGGAUGUGAUGUUAGAGACCUAUGGACACCUCCUCUUCUUGGGUCUCAUUGUGUCAAAACCAGACCUGGUCAUCGUUUUGGAGCAAGAGGAGGAGCUGUGGGGUGUGAAGAGAAAGGAGACAGUAGCCUCACGCUCAGAGGGAAGACUUUUGUCACUGUGUUGUCAUGGAGUGUCAGGGAGAGUGGGCAGCUGUUGUAGGCAAGUGUCCUAAACGUUCUUUGUCUUUUCACUGUGGCUCUUCUUCCUUUGUACUUGUCUGGGUGUGCUGUAUUCUCCUAAUGGAUUCUGGAGCCCUCAAAAACUCCUUUGGUCCAUUUGUGUCUCCAAGGAGGAGCAAAGUCCUGGUGCUUCCUAUUUCUUCAUUCUGCUGAUGUCCUAUCAUGGAUAUUACUUUUGCACAUUAGCAUACUUACAUAUAUGCAAUGUAGUAAGUGUGAUGACUUCUUUUGUAUCUUAGUUGUGUCUUCCCGUAACACCCUAGGCUUGUUGGUCGACAACCAAGAAGAGUCCUUUGGUACAGUGAUAUGGGAAAAAGUAGACACUGUGGCCUUGAGUAUUUAAACUUAAGGGAUGAUGGGGAAGGUGAUGGGGUGUAGGGAAAUGCCGAAUGUUUAUUAUGAUGGAUACGACCAAACGGGCACAACUACUGGUAACGAAAUGCUACUGCUAGAAGAGAUCAAGGAUAAAAAACCUUCUGGGGAAAACCUCACCUUAACUCAUUAUAUUUGGAGAACAAUGUCUUUGGAGCAAAAGUCAAAAAUCCAGUUUUUAAAGAUACAUAUUCUCUGGAAGGACAUUUGGGAGUUCUGAAAAGUCACCUAGCCCAUACUGAAAGUAUUCCAAAUAUAAAAUUGGAUUAACCACUCACUGAAACAAUUCUGUGAGUUAGACAUUUGAAAAGGGAGAUAAAAAUUCUAAAUGUGAUUGAUUUGAGAAGUCCUGCUUGGAGGUCUCAUUAUUCUUCCACCAACAUGUAAUCCCCCUGUUCCCAAGACUCUGAUUUUGAUAAACACAGGAGGGUUUUAUCCAAACAUCACUGUUCAAUAGUUACAACACAACACUUGAUUUGGAGCAACUAUUUAUGUGUGUGUUGUUACAAAGGCCUUUAGUUGAGGACUCUAGCUUCUGUAAUUACUGAGGUGUUUAUGGUGGAGACAGAAGUUACAAAAGCAAUGACUGUGGGGAAAACAUGAAUUGAGGGUGAAAUGCUAACAAGCAUGAGAGAACUCCAUCUCCAGAGAACCAGUAUAAAAGUAAGAAAUGUGAGAAAGUCUUCUAUGUAAGCUCGAAUCUUCUUGUACAUCAUUGUAUCCUGACCAGAGAGAAGACUUAAAAAUGUAGAUUCUGAGGACCCUGAUCACUUAGAGAUGUAAUUUUGUGGUAGAGUUUUCUCUUACAGUCUAAUUAAUUACUAAGCACUAAGCAGUAUCCUUUAAAUUAUGAUAGUUGCAUACCUACAUGGAUUAAAACACUGCAAAACGAAUUUUAAAAAGUGUAGUAACUCUGGGACAGCUUUUAACUAGUCUUCAAAACUCACUCAACAGCAGAGAUUUCAUAAUGGGAAGAAAUCUAACAAAUUUAUACAAGGAGGCAAAGUCCUUACCACUCAAAACUUAUCAACCUAAGGAGAUACAUAUUGGGGAGAAGGCUAAAUAAAAAUAUUUAAAUAUGAGCAAAAUUGUUAAGCCCAACUACAAACUUUCUGAACCUCAGGGAGAGCACACUGAAUGAAACCCUACAAAUACAAAGGAUGUGGUGAAGCAUUUAGUUUGUAAGCAAAACUAUUCAACAUGAGAUAAUACGUCCUGGGGAGAUGACUUACAAAUGUCAAGAAUAUUGGCAGUCUUGACCUGAACUGAACCCUUACGUAACAUCAGAGAAAACAUACUGGAUGGAAACCCUAGAAAUGUAAUGAAUGAGGAAGGACUUUUGGUUUUAACAUACACUUCAGUAAAUACCAGUGUCUUUAUAAAGGAUAAACACUUUACAGAUGUAGACAUUUGGCAAACUAUGGAAUAAAAAGGCAAAUCUAAGAAAGUCAGAGAAUUCACAGCAGGAGGCAAUAAGUCAGUACCACUUUUCACACAUGAUUCUAAAUCAGAGGGUUUAGAGGAAAACCCAAAGUUUAAACACCGAGAACACUUAUGUCAGUGUGGGCGUAUCGGGCCCUAAACCCCCCUCCCAAUGGAAAAUCUGUGGGUAUCUCGGAGUCUCCAGAGCUUAAAACCAUACCUACUUUUCCAUGGAAAUAGCUUAUUGUUGACCUGAAGCCUUACCUAGAACAUUGCUGGUGAAUCAUCCCAUUCUUUUCUUUGUUGUCUGUAUUAUAAGUGGUAUUGUUACAAUUAAGUAAGCUUGAGAAAACAAAAGAUUAAGGAACCUAUAAUGAAAACAUAUUUACAGUAGUGCAUUGGAUUUAUAUUUAAAAUAAUCUCUGUAUAAAUGGAUGCACACUGUUUGGACCCAUGUUCUUGAAUGGUCAGCUAUAUUUUGGAGAUGCCUGAAAGGAUCAAGGGGUAAUGGAAAU